AUGGGUACUAUCGCAAAUGGUAAUGAUUCCCAAUCAGAUAUUUCAUAUGAACCUAUUAUUGCUAAUCAUAAAAGAGCUCCAGUAUGGUUAGGAGUUAUUAUUGCUUUUGCAUACUCCAUGGUCAUUAUUUUUGGUGCUUUUGGAAAUAUUUUGACAAUUUUUAUUGUUUUAAGAAACAAAAGUAUGAGGACUGUUCAAAAUUUUUUUAUCAUUAAUUUAGCAUUAGGUGAUUUUAUGAUUUGUACAAUCACUGCGCCAAUAACAUUUUUUAAUAUUUCUUUUACUUUUUGGAAAUAUGGAAAUGCUUUAUGCAAAUUUGUUAGUUCAAUUGGAGGUUUCAACAUCUUCCUAUCAACUUUUUCUAUUACAGCUAUUGCACUUGAUCGUUAUUUUCUUGUUAUCUUUCCAACACAACAACAACGUCAAAAAUUUUUUUCAAUUAUAUUAUUUGCUCUUAUUUGGAUUAUAUCACUUUUACUUUCAAUACCAAUAGUUAUAGUAUCAAGUUCAACAAUGUUUUAUGAAGUUGAAUUUUGUAAUUUAACAUUAUAUUUAUGUAAUGAAAAUGAACUUGCUUGGGAUAAGAUGCCUUUUAGCAAAUUAUCAUAUACAAUUUCUAUCAUAGUAAUUCAUUAUGCUUUUCCAAUUGUUUCAAUGGUAUUUGCUUAUACAAAAAUUGCUUCUAGAAUGCAUUCAAGAUUUGUCCAUCGUAAUAAUAUUAAAUUAAUUGGUGAAGAUGCUAAUAAUAGAAGAAAACAUGUUGCUGAAAGACAACGAAGGACAAAUUUUUUGUUAGCAUCGCUUGUUUUACUUUUUGCCAUUGCAUGGCUUCCUUUUAAUAUUUUUCAUAUGUUACUAUCAUUAAAAGUUAUUACAUAUUCUGGAACACUAUUUGCUCUUUGUCAUUUAAUGGGAAUGAUGUCAGCAUGUCUCAAUCCAGUAUGUUAUGCAUUUUUUAAUCAAAAUUUUAGAAAUGAACUUUUUAUUAUUUUACAUAAAUUAAAACUUCGCAAAAAUUCAAAUAUUAAUGGAAUUAAUAGAACUGAAUACUCAGCAACUGUCAAAAGAUCAACAUGUAUGGGUACAAAUAAUACUCAUCAUAAAUCAGUCUCAACUGUUGUUAUGCCAGACAAUAGUCUUAAAAUAUCAAUUGAUAAUAGAAGUAUCUCACAAUGUAAUCUUGAUACAAUACCAAUGGUACCAAUUUUACCACAAAUAUCUAAUACAGAAAAUACUCUUAAACCAGAAAAUAUUUUAAAAAGAGUAGGGAAAAAUGAAAUUGAAGUAUUAUUAGAAAAAGAUUAA